UGUGUGUGUGUGUGUGUGUGUGUGUGUCAGAGCUGGGAGUGCCCACCUCUGUGGAUCUGGUGAGCAGCGACUCGGCUCACAUGGUGACGUCCUUCAGCACCGGACACAUCGGACUCUUCAACAUGGAGACGCAGCAGCUGGUCCUGCAGCUGGACUCUGCCGGACCUCCAGAGGCUCCCGUCAAGAUCAACAAAGUGCUGAGUCAUCCCACGCUGCCAAUCACCAUCACAGCUCAGGAGGACCGGCACAUCCAGUUCUUCGAUAACAACACAGGUAAACUGAUCCACUCGAUGGUGGCUCACCUGGACUCCGUCACGUGUCUCGCUGUGGAUCCAAACGGACUGUACCUCAUGUCAGGAAGUACGUAUUCAGCCAUCAUUUCUGUUGUUCAUUGUGAAAAAU